AUGAGAAUCCAACGUUCAAGCCUGCUGGCUCUUGUGCUAUUUGCUGGCACUCACGCGGUAGCUGGAGGCAGCGGCGGGUAUCUCCCACUAACGGCUUCUGCCGGGGCCUGGCAUGAUGUGCAAGAAGUGACGGCGACUGUGUAUUCUACGUUGCUCACUACAGAAGUCCAGUACCAAACCAUCACCAGCGUUCAGCUGGAAUACAAGACUGCAACCUUGACAGAGCUACAGCCUACGACAACUACGAAUUACUUCUCUGUGACCGUAACAGAGUUACAGCCAACAACAAUAUUUACAACGUUGACAGAGCUGCGGCCAACAACAACCACUGUAUUCCUCUCCGUGACCGACACCACGACGGAAAUUCGCCCGACCACGAUUUUCAACACUCACACCGAGACGAUCGACCAUCCUGUCACAGUUGUUUACACACAGACCGAAACAAAAGUUCAGCCAAGCACUGUCGUUGAGAUUAGAUCUAAGACUGUCACCACCACACUCAGUGCCCAGACCGUGACUGUGACCUCCAGUGCCGCUGUCACGAACUGCCGUCUGCCUCCUCCGCCCGCGCUUACUGGUCUCGUGCUCUGCCCAUCCCGAAUCGUCAACCCUACCUACACGCCAAGCACGCCUCUACCAACAGACUACCACUGGGGUUGCCCUCCCGGAACGCUCUGCACGCCUUCACAAGAGAACUGCAACUUCGAGCGAAGUUCGCCCGAGAGCACAUACUUUUGCGCUCCCGAGGAAUGCAAGCCCAUGCCAGAAAUACCUGCCUACGUCAAUGACACCACAGGCCCGUCUGCCACUGAUGCGGACUGCGGCUGGUUCGAACCACCGCCUGGCUUCUUCAACCUCAACCCUGAAGACUUCGGCCUCAGCUACGCUAUAUUCGACAUCUACGGCCAGCCCGUCUGCCCAGCCCCUACUGGAAAUUGGGGAGACAGCACUUGGGAUGACUGGCAUGAAGCAAACCGCCGGGCAAAUCACCUCACGGGUACAGUAUCGCCAUCACGGGCGCCGCAUCUGGCAUUGGGCGUGCCACUGCUCAGUACCUCGCCUCUCACGGCGUUCUUCUUUCCCUUUCCGAUCGCGACGUCGACCGGCCUCCAGGCAACGCUGGAAUCACUUCCCAAGAUCUCCGACUCCAGCAAAGCUCAUCUUACCGCACACGUCGACGUGACCUCCGAGUCCGCCAUCAACAAAUGGAUCGACGACACAGUCAAGCAUUUCGGGUACCUCGAUUGCGCAGCCAACGUUGCAGGCACGGUUACUAGCGAGCCAGUACCCAUUCGAGCCUCGACGGAAGAGAUCUGGAGCAAGCUCAUGGACAUCAACGCUCGAGGAACCUUUUUCUGUCUGCGCGCCGAGCUCCAGCAGAUGAAGCGCGGUGGUAGUGUCGUCAAUGUGGCAAGUAUUGCAGGUCAUGUUGCUGUGCCCGGGUGGAGUUCGUACGUCGCGAGUAAGCAUGCUGUGAUCGGUCUCACGAAGGUUGCUGCCCGCGAGGAGGGUGAAAAUGGGAUUCGCAUCAAUUGUGUUGCUCCCGGCUCCAUCAUGACGCCUCUUACAGAGCCAAUCCCAAGCGAGUACAGAGAUGCCUAUGUCAGUACGCAGUCUAUGAAGCGGUGGGCUGAACCGGGCAAGAUGGGCGCGGACGAGCAGCAAGAAGAGCGUGAGGUGCUCGAUUCGAUCUUCCCGGAUGAGAUUACAGACUUGUCCGAGAACUCGUUCCGAAUAUCUAUAACGCUGGACGCACCGCCCGACUUUCGUGACGAGGGGGUAGAUCCUCCGACAAUCUUCCUCACUGUCGCUUAUCCAGAGGCAUAUCCAGAUGUCGGGCCGCAUCUGGAUCUCGCGCCCCCUCCCAACGCGAGCAAGCACCCACUCUUCGAUGUGUCGGAGGACAAAGCGCAGUUGCUCGAGGCUCUGGAGCCCACGAUUGAGGAGUCACUCGGCAUGGCUAUGAUAUUCACACUCGUCAGCACACUGAAAGAAGCGGCCGAGCAACUCAUGGUGGACAGGCAGAAGCAGAAGAACGAAGUGCAGGAACAGGUCGUGCGGAAGGCUGAAGAGGAAGAAAACCGCAAGUUCUUCGGGACUAAGGUCACGAGCGAACGUUUCCUUGAGUGGCAGGCUAAGUUCAAGGUAGAAAUGGAGGAGAAGGAACGGCUACGACGAGAAGAGGAAGAGGCGGAGGAAAAGAAGAAGGGCGGUGCAAAAGGUGGUGCGAGAAGCGAAGAGAAGAAAUUGACAGGCAAGGAGCUAUGGGAGCGUGGUCUGGUGGGCAAGGAAGUCGACGUUGAUGGAGAUGAUCUUGCGGAGGGCGUCAAGGAAAUCAAGGUGGGGGCGUGA